AUUCUCUCCGUGCGAAGGUGUGCUGGUGGUGUUGUGCUGUUUAUGUGUUCCUGACUAUCAAAGACUGGUUUUUGUUUCGCAACCUUGUCCUACAUUCGUGUUUUAUCCGUAAAUAGUGACUCAAUUAACGUAUCAAUCAACAUAAAAACGUGAAGAAAAUGCGAUCAGUUUGGAUAGUGAUCGCCAUUCUUGCUCUCAGCAUUAGCUGUGGAGAUGCAGCCAAGAAACGCAAGAAGUUUGAAGGAGACUUUGAGUUUGCAGAUGACGCGUUGGAUGGUGCCAAACGGGACGGCGAUAAGAAGACGUGGAUUUUCGAUCCUGAGAGUGAACUGUGCCAAGCUUUGAAAUGCCGUAAAGAAGAGCGGUGUCUUUUAGAGAACGAUUACACCGCCGUCUGCGUCAGCCGUGCAGAGAUAAAACGAAAUGGUGACGUGGUAAUCUCAAAGAGCGAUAGUCGCAGUAGCACGACCACCACUGCUCGUUCGCUGGACGACGAGGAUGAUGAUUACGAUAUCGACGAUGAUGAAGACGAUGAGGUCAUGGAUAUUGACGAUAAAGAUGCCAUCAAUUUGAAUGAGAACGAAGAGAACAACGUAGAUGACGACCUUGGUUUAGAGUUUUACGAUCUUGACGGAAGCGAUGACAAUGGCUCUCGAAAGGUGAAACAUACACCGACUAUCCCCCAGUCGGCUAUUCUCAAGAAAUGUUCACCAUGCCCCGUUAUCAAACCAUCUUACAUCUGCGCAACAGAUAAUGUCACGUACAGCUCCAUUUGCAAGAUGGAUUACGCUAACUGUAUGCACGACACCCUCGUCAAAGUGGCUUGCAAGGGAUUUUGCCCAUGUCCGACAGCCUCGCAACUAAAGAAAGAGAAGCAAGCUAUGCGCCUGUCCCAGUUUGAGAGCAAAUACAAGUCGACUAUUGAAAGCACGAAAGAGCCAUCCGCCGUCAAACCAAAAGUGAUCUUUGCUCCCGACGUGGCUAAAUUCAAAAAAGAACUCUUUGGCAAAAAGAAACCUAAAAAAAACGCCUCCAAUUCAUUGCUCGAUGCGUCCACUGAUAAGUUCAGAAAUCGCGGCUACAACGAUGUCCUGAUUGAGAAAAAGGAAACGCCCAUUUCAACUGUUAACACUGAAUGCAGCGAAAGUACUUUCAACACGAUGGGGAACCGACUAUUGGACUGGUUUUCUGUGUUGAUGGCUCAACCUGGACAGAAGAAACAUAUUAAAUCCAAAGCUCAUUUUUCAUCGGCUUGCGCCAAAGAAGUGGUCUGGAUGUUUGGAUAUUUGGACAGCAAUAAAGAUAACCAGCUUUCAAUGAGUGAGCUGUACGAUCUAGAGCAUAACGAGCGUGAGAGUUGCUUGAAACCUUUCUUGGAUAAAUGCGACGACAACCGCGAUAUCUUCUUGUCGAGUUCUGAGUGGUGCCGAUGCUUCAGUAAUGCCGAUCGUCCUUGCGUUGCUAUGCGGAGACGUUCCAAGCCCGGACUUCUGGGUGCAUACAUUCCUACCUGCGAUUCAGACGGUUUCUUUUUACCUACCCAAUGCCACACUGCUGUCGGUACCUGCUGGUGCGUGGAUAAACACGGUGUUGAGCAGAAUGGUUCGCGAGCUAGAGGCAAACCUGAUUGCGAACGAGUUUUGCAGAGGAAUGGCCUUAUGAAUUCAUUAGGUGACAAUGACGAAGACGACUCCGUCAAUCAACUUGACGACUCUGAUGAGAUGGAAGAAGGCAGCGGAGAUUAUUAAGUAGAAAUUUAGGACCCUUCUCGUUCCUUUUUUUUUCUUUGUUAAACCCUCACAUCUAAACAACUCUUAGCUUUGUGCGCGCAGCUUGUAAUAAGACUUCUUCUGAUUAGCUUAGACGACAUUUAAAAAAAAAAAGAAUGGAUUUGAAAGUACAGAUUCGAAUCUCAACUGAGGCAUUCCGCGUUCUCCCGACGACAAUAUUCGCCGUUGUUCACACAUCACCUCACGAAUUUUCGCCAUUGCCAAGAUCAAUCCGCCCUGAGAAACAAAUAUGCAAUACUCUUUGUAACCCGACAUGCUGCUGCCCGUCUCUGCCGAGUUAUUCCUAACUUCCGUAGCAUUCUAUUAUCUAGAGCAAUGAUUUUUCAAAAGUUUUUGAAUGUGUCUUGUGUGACAGUUGUUUUAAUUAACCAUGACGGCGUAACUAAUUCAAUACAAAUUGAAACGCCGAAA